GCGUUUAGUAUCCGUUUGACCCUGGCAGGAGCAAUUAGUCGCUCUGUGAAAGUGAGCCAAGUUCUAGCGCUAGUGGCACCCUAGUGCGUGCUGUGCGAGUGUUUGAGUAGCAGACGUGCAUACGAACCCAAUCGACCCUGGCAGGCCAUCGUUCGACGAUGGAAGUCAGCAAACGCUAUCUGUGGCUGGCUGCUUUCCAACUGUUUUGGUUCCUGUGCUUGGUCGAAUCGUACCCGGACGGUGUCAAUCUGUACAAAGACUGGCUGCGCGUAAAAAAUGAGGACGAUGUCGAGCGAAUGAUGGCUGAGGAUCAAUUUGAGGCUCCGAAGCUUUUCUUUUACAGGACACCAAGUUCCUUUACCGAUCUCGGGAUGGGUGAACCGCUGGAGAAGAGGACAGUCAACAGGUACAAAAAUAUGAUGCUCAAUAAGGACAGUCUCGAUGUACCGCUGAUGGACGACGUGGAGCAGACGAAGGAAGCGACCCGAUAUUUUUCUCCACGGAUCACCCCAAAACGUUCGCCGGGAGCCAUCCUAAGUUGGGCCAUUCCUGCGGCAAAUCGAGUGCGUGUCAUCAGCACGAAUUAUCGUCCACCCGGUAUCAAUCGGCCUGCCGCUUAGAGAGCAAGCGCACCAUGAACGUGCUAGGGCGCAUCGACGAUCUAUUGCGCUGCAUUUUUACUUUCCAUUCCGUAAUGCGCUCUAGCACGCAAAUGCUGACACUACACAAAUGACAAGCGACGGCGCUGGCUUUUAGAAUGGUAGUAUUGAAUUAGUUGUUUUACCAUCUUGUCGUCUGUAACAUCAAUAUGGAUAAAUAAAAUCCUCGGGUUCUGCUAACAAAA